UUUAUUAACGUUUAAAAUCAUUAAAAUCAUAGACACACAAAAGUCAAGACUGUGUAUUUAAGCUGUAGUAUGCGCAAUGUCUAUAACAAAGGUGUGAGAGAGUGGACACUCGCACACACGCACUGCCCGGUGUUCUCAAGAUUGAGUUCACAUUCCGUUGUGUGUGGGGGAGAGCACGUCGCCAGACUGCAAUCCACGCACACACACGCCACAGCAACUACAACCUGCCCAGAAGCAGAGAGGAGGGGGUAGCACACACCUCAGCUGCAAUCACAGAGAUGGAAACAGCAGCAUUGCGGGACUGACUAGCUGUGGUUGCUGCUGCGAAGCUUCUUGAAGGAAACUAACUUCGGGAGAGAAACUUCACUUCUUCCCCCAGCGAAUCGCCUGAGUCACGCAGAGCGUCGUUUCCGGCUCCCUGUCUGUCUUAGUAUGUGCAGGGGAAACUCUGCUUCGCCGCCGGUGACGCUCACCAAAAGCUCUCCCAUCGUCUGAAUUUAGAGAGAGGAGAGAGUCUUUAAGCUGUACAAUGCGUUCAGAUAGCAGUUAACGAAACAACCGUGACAUUUGAAUACGCAGCAAACCAGGUGCUAACUCUCACAUUCACCAGGAGAUUUGCUGCAUUCGCGAUGAUCGUGACUACGAGACACUGAGCAGCGGUAUCCCUCCUCUCUCUCUUUCUUUCUCUCUCCCGCUCUCUUUUCUCUCUUUCUCUCGCUCUCGCUCUCUCUUCGCGGGUUCACUACAAGGCUACCAGCCAUUUAGCCAUUUCAGCAGUGCAAUGGAGAAGCUCAGAUUCAGCACCUUGGACAGCGCCGGAGUUCUACUGUGUUUGUUCGCGAUCCUGGUCCGGUUUACGGUCACGGCGGAGCAGGACGGAGAGAACCUCUCCGGUCUGUCCACCAACCCGGAUAAAGACAUAUUCGUGGUACGAGAGAACGGGACCACAUGCCUCAUGGUCGAGUUCGCUGUCCGCUUCAUGGUCCCCUUCGAUGUCCUCGCGCUCAAUGGGAUAGAUCUUAUCACGGAGAAUGCGUAUCUGGCUCUGCCUCGCGGGGCAGACAUAGAGGGCAAAUGCGGGAGCCAGGACGCCCAUAUACACAUCUCGUGGAAUGAUAACGCCUACACACUCCGCAUCUACUUCGUCAAGGAAACCAGUGGCAAGAGACAUGAUGUGUGGAAGAUUAGCAAGGUGCAGUUCGUUUAUGACACCUCGGAGAAAACGCAUUUCCUCAACUCAUACAACCCUGGGAAGCACACAGCCAGCACCCACCAUUUGUCAGCGUUAGAGACCCCUGCUGGCCGCUCAUAUGUCUGCGAGGCUAAGCAGACACUCACCCUCAUCUCCAGUGACCACCAGAAGGGAGUGACUGUUGCCAUAAGUGACGUCCAGAUCCAGCCCUUCGACAUCAACUCAGAUUUCACAUUCAGUGAAGCCUAUAAGUGCAUCACGGACCAGAGGGAACAGCUCGAGGAGACUCUUCCUCUGAUCCUGAGCUUCAUCCUGGGCCUCAUCAUCGUCAUCACGCUGUCCGUCUACCACUUCCACCUUAAACUGACCGCUGCCACUCAGUCUCAGCUGCCCUGCGACCGAUCCAUGUACAAGAACAUGUAAGGAACUGGACAUUUAAACAUACCACAAAUCUCCCUGGUCAAGAGGAAUAUGUAAGGAAUCAGAUAUCAUCACAAUAGUACAACUCCAUGUUCAAGGUAAUAGGACAUUGAAACAAGCACAACGUGAUGUUGAAGGUAAUAGGACAUUGAAACAAGCACAACGUGAUGUUCAAGGUAAUAGGACAUUGAAACAAGCACAACGUGAUGCUCAAGACAUUACAACCACUACACUUUAAAAUCAAGACAACAUGACCACUCUCCAUUCAAGGAUUGGACAUUAGAACAACAAUCAUUGACUACAAUUAUAACCACAACGCUCCUGCCUCUCCAAAGUCAAACCAACGUGACUUCCCCUGCUCUGAACUUCACCAUAUAUUGGAGAGUAGGCCGGAGCUUCAUGGAGUCCUAACUUGCAAUAUGGCUAACUUGAGACAUGCUUUUGAGUAAAACCAUGCAUUGAAGUCAAUUGGAGACUUGCGCAACAUUUGAUUUACGCACAGAGAUUUUUCAGUUAGCAUUCCACACAUAGGUGGUGUUCUGUUGUUUGUGUCCAGAAAUCGUGGUUAUGUCGAAAAGCCUGCAGUUUGUCAUUCCCCAUCACCUGUCUCUCUCUGUCUUUUCUGUAAACGCGCCGCAAAAGAAACCUUGCAGGUGGCAGGUCCAGAGUUGAUGUUCGGCUGAAGUUUUAACUUUUUCAAAUCCAGUUUUUCCUUUUUGUUUUUGAAUGCAAUCAUAGUGGUGAAAGUGGAGAGUGUUGUGCUGUGUGCAGGUGUUUCAACGACCUUCAGAAAUCAUGAAAAAUAAAUCAUUGCAGGCAGUGUAUUUACUUUGGUUUGAUGGAUCCUUUUCCAGAUCCCAUUUUAUGGAAUUAUAUCAAGAAAAAAUAUGUACAUAAAACAAAUAAAACGUGUUCUGUAAAAAAACUUGCAAAGAAAUUAUGUAAUUUUUCUUCAAUCAGAAUGUCAGAAGAACAAAGUGUAUCAUUGUGAAAGGAAUGUGCGAUAUUUAAGCUUAAAAAAUAAUAAAUGUACAAUAUUUUCAGAAAGAACUAUGCUGAUGCAAACUUUGAUGUUCACUGAAAUAAAUUUCCUAGAAGAUGUCCUAAA